AUGCUGCGCGCCGACUGGACUGCCAGCGCGCACUACGAUGGCCCAACGCCGCUCUUUAUCGUUACGCAGAACGGCCAUCUCGACGUUGUCGAGCAGCUCAUUGCUGCCAAGGCUACUGUCAACCUCGUCAACCGUGACGUUGUGACGCCCUUGUAUGUGGCCGUCGAGAAGCGACACAAGAUGAUUGUGGACCUGCUUCUUGCCUCGGGCGCCGACACCAACGGCGUGCGCCAGCUCGGCCUUCUCUCAGUUGUUCAGAAACUUGUGGUUGGCGGCGCUAACAUUGGCCACGUCGCCGCCAACAACGCGACCGCCCGGCUCACCGCGCUCGUCCAUGAACAUUACGACGUUGUGGCCGCUUUGGACCAUGCCCGCCGAUACCACCUUGACGAGCAUGCUUGGAGCAAGUGCCAGCGCUGCAUCGCGCCGUGA